UUUUGGUCAUGUUCACUUUGAAUCAUGGGAAAAAGCAUCUCAGUUUUAUUAUAGUACGAUGGAGAAGCGUUUCUAUUAUGAUGACGAUAAAGAAAGAGGUCUAAUACGCUUUUAUAGUGCGACUUAUUAUAAUUCUACUCGAAAGGUUGUUUAUAAAAUGGAUACUGAGAUGGCCAAUACUGGAACCUUAACUUCUGUUUCAUCAAAAGUUGAGAUUAGCGAUCAUAAUGAUAUAAAUGAGAAUACUGAGAUGACCAAUACUGGAAUCUCAACUUCUGUAUCAUCAAAAGUUGAGAUUAGUGAUCAUAAUGAUAUAAAUGAGAAUGAGAGGUCUAAAAAACGUAAAAUAACUGAAAAGAGAAAUCUCCUGAAUCUCCUAUCAGUGUGGCAUAUGGUUUUGCAUACACCUGAAAUUAGAAACAAAGCGGAUCUCUUAGUCUUUUCUGUUAGUGAUAAGUUGAUUAUUAUUGAGGGGAAUUUCAGUGAAAAGAUUGUUUCUGAAAAAUCUAUCAAAAAUUUCUUACCUGUAGGACCGUUCAAAGUAGAAGUGGAACUUCAAAGCAG